ACGCGGUGUGACCGACACACAAAGCGGCAGCGUUCGAGUAACGCGUGCACGGCGCGCGAUUCGACGGCGCGUGUCAAAAACGGCGCAAUCGACACCCCCCAAAACACGCGGUGAUGAUGACGGAGCGGGACCUUUGGCCAGACGGCGACCUUCAGACGUCUGCUGCGUCGUCGUAAGGCACACGCGAAACGCGCCCGCUAAGCACCCAGCCAGCCCUGCCAUAAAAGAUAACUCUCUCCCCUUCGAGAUAUGGGGUGAAUAAAAGCCGGUGGCGGGCAUCGAGCUCCCGUGGAAGGUCGGGUGACUUCCUUGCAGCGUUAAACAAGACCUCCCCGCACACGUGGUCGACCGACAGUGGUCGCGUGGAAGAGUAGGCCAAAGACAACUUCGAGCAGCUUAUCUUGAAGCCUCCUUCUCGUGGAGGCGCGCCGAUUAUGUCUUCCGGGCAGUCCCAGCGCGCACUCCUCCUCGUGACCGCUACGCUCCUCCUCGUGACCGCUGCGCUCCUCGUCCUGGGAAGAGGAGCUGCAGGAGACGCCGGAGGAGAAGCCGCUCCACACGGAGCGGCCCGCGGACGAGAUGGAGACGACGAACCAGAGCCCAGAGGGCCCACAGAGCCCACAGGGCCGUGGUUUCGCGCGGCCGUGUCGGAAUUCGCGAGCGUGGUCAGCCCCUUUCCUCCCGCGGUGCCACGGAGCCGCAGCGAGGCCCUCGCCCACAUGGGGAUGAACGUGGCCGCGAUGGGCCGAGACGCGCAGCUCGCCCGGAACAAGGGAGCCCAAAUCAUCGUCUUCCCGGAAUAUGGACUCUUCGGUUUUGGCUUCACGAGGGAUUCCAUCCUGCCUUACCUGGAGCACGUGCCGGACCCCGCUGCCAUCAUCUGGAACCCCUGCCUCGAACCGGACCGAUUCCCCAACACCGAGGUCCUUCGCAACCUGAGCUGCAUCGCUCGGGACGAGGGCCUCUACGUGGUGGCCAACAUGGGCGACGUGCUGCCCUGCUUAGUGGACCACGACAAGGGGUGCCCGCCGGACGGCCGCUUCCAGUUCAACACCAACGUGGCGUUCAGCAGCGAAGGCACCCUGGUGGCGCGAUAUCGCAAGAACAAUCUGUACUUCGAGCAGGCCUUCGAUUUCCCGCCCACGGUCGAGUACUCGAUCUUCGACACGCCCUUCGCCGGGCGCAUCGGGCUCAUCACCUGCUUCGACAUCCUCUUCUACGAGCCGGCCGUGGCGCUGGUGGAAAAGCACGGCGUCCGGCACAUCGCUUUCCCCACGGCGUGGAUCGACCAGCUGCCCCUGCUCACGUCCGUGCAGAUACAGAGAGCCUUCGCCUACGGCCUCAACGUCACCCUAAUGGCCUCCAACCAGCACCAUCCAGAGAAGGGCAUGGUGGGCAGCGGUGUGUACGGCCCCGACGUGACGGUGUACAGCUACGACGCGGAGAGCGAGCAGGGCCGCCUGCUCGUGGCCGACUUGCCUGUGCUCUCCGACGUCCUGACCGACGCCCAAUCAGGCGUCCCGUAUGGCACGGGAGAAGACGACAGUUGGGCGCUGCGCUCUGGAGCUUUGCAGGGAAGCAUGGCGGAUGAAGUUGCGCGCGAGAUGAAGAAUUCUGCCUCGAGAAACGUCGUGGGUGAAAAACCGGACAUGCUUAACGGCCAGCCCCCACAGGGUCGGCAAAAAAAAGACCAGGCCUGUGACGAUGAGAGCGCACCGGUGCCACUCGCUGGAGCCGACAAACGCGGGGCGUUCGUAAAGCGGGAAGGGCAGUCGGGUGGCAGCCGCAUGGCCGACGAGUUUUACGCGAGCAUGAUGUACGACAACUACACGUUCAAGGCGCUGCAGGGGCCGGCGGGCGAGGUGCAGGUUUGCCACGGUGAGCUCUGCUGCUGGCUGACUUAUCGCUCCUCGGGCGAUGUGCGGGAGCUGUACGCGCUGGGCGCCUUCGACGGCUUGCACACCGUCAACGGCCGGUACUACACGCAGGUGUGCGCACUGGUGAGGUGCUCGGGCGAGGAGCGGGCGAGCUGUGGCCAGCCCGUGACGCAGGCCAGCACGCUGGUGGACUUCACACUGCGCGGAAACUUCAGCACGCAGCACGUAUACCCCUGCAUUCUGGGGAGCGGAAUGCGGCUCGAGGCGCCGGACUCGUUUAGACGGGACGCUGGAGGACAACGAUUCCUGACGGCGACAGCCACAGAGCACGGACUCAUCACGGCUGAGAUGUACGGACGCGACUACGAGCGUGACUCAAUGGGUGCGAAGCCUCACUGACGCACCAGAGCCGUCUCCAACACGCACGCGCACACACGCGCGCACGUGCGUACACACGCUCGCUCGCGCACGAGUAUGCACGCAAAUUACGGUUGCCAUCUCGUUAUAUCCCAUUAUAUCAGAAGAGGGAGAUCUACAUUUAAAUGCAUUGUUUUGAUUUUGUAUUAUUAAACUGACAAAAACCUGGAGUUUUAUUGUCCUCGGAAGAACAGGUGGCAACUCUAUGCACAGGUCUAAAACAUAAAAACUUAUAUUUUUAAAAAUCUCAGUUGUAUCUGGUGUAAUUAAUCAUAUUUGCACAUAAGUUCAACCCUUUAAUUAAAUUUCCCAUCACUUCAACCACAGAAUGUACGUCGCGUACAUUACGUGCGCCUUUCACAUCUGCGUAAUCCAAUCCAAAAUGCAAAGUAACAUUUUACAAAAUAUUUUAAUGAAUGUGUGUGUGUUCAUACAAACGUGUCACACGUACUUGAUUUUACGCACGAAAUGUUUUACGUCUGCAAAUAAUUAAAAUAAACUUAAAUCAUCGGCAUCCUCUC